AUGUCGUGGUUCCUUGAUGCCGGUAGUGCGGAUGCAUCAACCAGUAAUUUGGAAUUAUUUCAACUUCCACCAACACAAACAGCAUUAGCGUCUAAUAAAUUUGAAGCGUUCAACCCUUUAACAUCUCUAGAACAUGGUGGACCUCUAGAGUAUAAAAUUCACGUCGGCGAUGAGUAUUACGUCGAUCCUAGGCACGUUUAUUUGUACAUGCAAGCAAAAAUCGUGCAAAAUAAUGGUGAUUUAUUAGUAGAUGAUGAAGAAUAUAAAGUUAACGUCCCCGAUCCUGACAAUCCGGGUGAAACAAAAGAAGAAACUAGAAACCGAGUUCCAGAUAAGUCUGUUGUGUUUCCGGUCAACAACUUGAUAGGAAGUUGUUUUAAACAGGUGGAAGUUUUUUUGAAUAACAAACAGGUUGGUUCCGCGGAUUCUUUGUACCACUACAGACAUUAUCUUGAAUGUUUGUUAUCCUAUUCGUCCGCACAAAAACUGCAUCAGUUAAAAACAAAUGGUUAUUAUCAAGAUGAAGGGGGAAUGAAUGAUCACGAAGAUACUAUCAAAGACGAAUCUAGCACCAAUAAAGGCGCAGUUGCCCGUUACAAAUGGACGCGCUACAGUAAAUCGGUGGAGACAAUGGGUAAAAUUCACUCUGAAUUGUUUGAACAGGACAAAUUACUUUUGAAUAAGAUGUCACUCUCGAUUAAAAUGCAUAGAAAUGAUCCUAGUGUCUUUCUGAUGGCAAAAGGUGUUACCAACCAAUACAAACUACUCAUCGAAAAAGCUGUUCUCUAUGUUAAUGUAAAAAAGGUUAGUAGUCACGUUAGACUCAGUCAUGAGGAACGUUUGCUGAAAUCAAAUGCAAAGUACCCAAUGAGAAAAGUUAACAUGCGUUUUUUCUCUCGUGGGGCUAACAGAGCAGACUUAUCUGAACCGAAUCUUGUUAAUGGGGAACUACCUAGUAAAAUAGUGAUAGGUUUGGUUAGGACUGAUGCUUUCAACGGAAAUCUAGGCUUGAAUCCGUUCAACUUCGAAAAUUUCAACGUCUCACAAAUAGGAUUGCGCAGAAAUGGUCAAAGCAUACCUUAUGAACCAUUACAGUUCGACUUUGAAGAAGAUAACUAUUUCAUGGGUUAUUUCAGCAUGAUGUUUGGGACAAAUCUUUGGUCAUCUAACAUUAGCAAUGGAAUAUCUAUGGAAUCCUAUAAGAAUGGCUUUACACUAUACGGUUUCAAUUUAACACCAGAUGAUUCUUCAGGAUUGAAUUGGAAUCUCGUGGAAUCUGGUAAUAUAAGUCUCGAUAUCAGGUUGAAAAGACCCUCAGACCACAGUAUCACCAUUAUUGCCUAUCUUGAAUCUGAUGCGGUAAUGGAAAUUGAAAGUUCACGUAAUAUAAUAUACGAUGAAUAG